GUGAAGCUAGAUGAAAAUGACGGCGCUCUGAGUGGCCGAAUUCAAUUCAGUGAGGAGCUACAGAGAACGAAUUUUUCAGCAAAAGUUGUAGAAAUAUGGCCCAGUGAAAGAAGCUUGUACAGUGUUCGAAACAUGUAUGAGUGGCGCCAAGGCGUAGGCUUUAUGGCGAGAUCAGAAAGAGAAGAGGAUAUGGCGAAGUACGAGUCAAUUGUUCGUCCAGUCAGUCGCCCAGUAAUGCGUAUCGUUACUGUUCUGGUGAAGCCGUUUGUGAUGCUAAAACGAGUAAUUCCUGGUGAGCCGAAGCGAAUCGGUAAUGAUCGCUUCGAAGGUUACUGCGUCGAUUUAAUUAAACUACUGGCAACUAACAUCAGUGGCUUUGGGUCCUAUGAAAUAUUCAUAGCAGAUGGAAACAAAUAUGGCCAGCGCCAGGAUGACGGCUCCUGGGACGGAAUGAUCGGAUACUUACUCAACGAGGCAUAUAUGCAGACAGCAGACGUUGCGGUAGCACCACUGACGAUCAAUCAGGCACGUGAGCGUGUUGUGGACUUCUCGAAACCGUUCAUGACCACCGGGAUUAGUAUUAUGAUCAAGAAACCGGAGAAACAAGAAUUCAACGUCUUUUCAUUUAUGCAACCUCUGGGAACAAACAUUUGGUUCCUGAUACUUUGCUCGUAUGUAGGAGUAUCACUGACGAUAUUUCUGGUGAGCUCGUUCAGUCCAUACGAAACUCGUACGCAAGCGGAACUGCCAACGCGGCUUUCACUAUAUAACAGCUUAUGGUUUACUUUAUCGUCAUUCAUGCAGCAGGGUACGGAUAUCUUACCGCGGUAA